AUGAUGACACGAAAUCAAUCGAUUGAUGUAAAUGUCACUACAGUACCAGUGAUUUUAAGGCAAAAUUGUUCUGUUUAUAAUCCAUGUGGACGAAAUGGUUACUGUCGUAAUAAUUUAAAUGGUGAAUGGACAUGUGUUUGCAAGUUUUGGUGGAAUGGAACAUUGUGCAAUAAACUAUCCAAUAGCGGCUGGCAAGUUAUUACUUUGGGCAUCUUGUUAGCCUUUUUGAUAGUACUUUUUCAUGGCGUAAUAUUAUUUCGUUCCAUCAGUAAAAGACGCAAAGCACAAAGAAAUGAUUCGAGGCAAAAUAUUUCAAUCAUCAAUCGAAAAUUUCCUCGUAUUUCGCUUGCUGAUCUUGCACCUUCUCGUCAAAUGUUAUCAUGGAUCACUGGUAUUGCUACUCUUUUGCUUGCUACAUCUACACUUAUUAUAAAAUGGGCUAUUCUAAAACCAAUCCAUGAAGAAAUUGUCGAAAAAUUUAAGAAAGCACAACCAAUUUUUUUCAAACAACAUUCAAUUUGUCGAAUCAUUGAUUUGAGAGCUGAAUUUAAUCUAUUCACUUUUCCUCUAGCUUGUUUCAUUAUUUUACUUUUCACUAUAACAACAAAACGUGUUUCAUUUCAAGGAAGUAAAUAUUGUAAAGGUUAUAUUGGUAUUCCAAUACCAUUAGACAUCUUUGCUCAUGUCAAACGAAUAUUGGCAGCUGUGAUAUUUGCUAUUUUUGCUGAUGAAUUAUUAGAUAUUGCAAAUGAUGCAUUGAAUGGAAGUAAUCCAUCAUCAAAUCAAGGUGUCGUAAUAGUUUAUCUUCUUCAAAUCCUAAGAGUUUUUGUCAUUGGUUUUCGAUGUUAUCCAACAUUAGCAGCUGUCUACAUUGAUACUUGGUUCAGUUUAAUUUGUGCUACUUUAUAUGUAUGGUUCGAUUUUAGUAUUACUAUUGUUUAUACUGGUCUAUGUCGUAAUGAUUUUUAUCCUUCGGAGCUGGAUUAUAAUAAAACCAAAGGAGGUAGAACAAUGAUAUAUUUGCAAUACUAUGGCACAGGAUCAAAGUUAUUAUUCUUUCAAUUAUUAAAGGAUAUUCCUCGUUAUUUAUGUUUAGCUUAUAUUAGUAUUAAACUACCAAUUUUACUUUACGAACGAAUUCGACAUAGACAUAUGAGAGACAAACAAUUAACACGUGAGCAAAAAACUCUUUUAUAUUCAUCAUUACCAUAUUCAGUUGAAGCACAAUAUGUUAAAAAAUUAUUUGGAAUGAGUAAUAUAAAAGUUUCAACAAAUCGUUUUUCUCAGACUUUUCAAUUUAUUUAUGCAUGGCGAGAUGAUUUUCGUUUCUCAUCUCGUGUUGUUUCUUUUUGUGUACAAGUUCCUCCAUCACUUGAUGCACUCCGUAAGAGUAGUCAACAAGUGGUCAAUCUACUUUCAAAAUUGACAAAUUCAUCCGAUCCUAACUUACAGGCAGAUGAAAAUCCAUCGUCUGAUUUUCCUUUACCUGAUUUUGUUCGAUCGUAUUUGAUUGCUUUUAUUGCUGCAUUAUUUAUAACACUUGUACAAUUAUUGGUUAUGUUUGCUGGUAUUCGUCGAAAUCUUUUACAAGCAUUUCGUGGUGAUGAUAGUGAAAUUCCACGGCGUCUUUCUUCAGAAAAUAUUAAUUAUAUUACUGGAACGUUUCAUUUUGCUGGUUAUUUAAUUGGUUAUGUUAUAUUAGCUUAUAUAUUCCUAGCAAUCUUUCUUUUUAUUAUAUUAAUCUCAAUCGAUGCAUUGAUAACAUAUGGAAAUGUGAAAUUUCUUGAAACUAUUCUUAAAAUUAUUAUUCCUACUUUAAUUCUUGUCUUUUUUAAAAUGUAUUUAAACAAAAUUUUGGGUCAAUAUAUAUUUCUACAACAUGACGGAGAAGUUUUAUCAAUUAAUAAUCGACGAGCAUUUAUGGUAUUUAUAUAUUUUAAUUUUUUUCUUGAUGCUUUUUUGGGUUUUGUUGCUGCUAUAACGCGUAUAUUGAGAAGUAUUGCUGGUGGAGUUCUAUAUAUGUGUCGUCUUGAUUAUUCACCAUUAGGUCGAAAAUUGGAGACUAUUGAUUCAGGUUUUAGUGCAUAUUGUGGAUUUAUUUUUGUGGAAUGUGCACAUCGACAUCCUGUCUUACUUUAUUUUGUUAGUCAUCUUCUUCGCAAUCAUCUUUAUCCGACCAACACAAAACGACUAUCGAAAGCAAGACAUAAAUGGUAUGUUGCAAUAUUUUUAUUGAAUAAUCCAACAUUGAUUUAUCGACGAAAACAAUUUCUAACACGUUUACAAGAGAAUGAAUUGAAAAUGAUGUUAAUUGGAAGAAAUAAUAUGAAAGAACUUUAUAUUGAACAACCACCUAUUUUAGCUCAUCGAGCAAGUGUUAUUUCAGCGAAAGAUUUAGAAGAUAUGUGGGAACGACGAAAAUUUUAA